UUCCCGUGUUAGCGCCAGCGGAAGUGUUCCUGUCUGGGUAUGGUUGAGAUGGAUUUGAGGUGGAUCCUGCUGCACGCGAUGCGGAAGGGGUUUCCGGUGAAGUCUCGUUUACGGUCUCUGUGUUGGCUGGGGAUGUAUGUAUAAUCAUGGAAACGGUUUGCCCCGUGGGACCUCCGAGUGAUUCUAAACCGGCGCUGGAUGUCUCUCUCUUCGUUUCUCCCCUCCUGAGGCUAUCAACGACAUCCCGACGAUAAUUGAUCGUUGUAUAGUUCGCAGGGACGAGCAUGAGGGACUGACGAUGGAUGUAAGGGAGUUGUUGUUUGUUUCUUCUUUUACGUCUGGUCCAUUCGAUAUACUCUCUCGCUGAGUUACAUUCACUAUCACCGUCGUUCCCGUCGUCGUCUACUCUACCCAUACGGUAGCCUUUCAUGGCUUCUUCGCCCGCUGGUAAUCGGGUGGGCGCUGUUAUAUUCACGUUUACGCUUCUUUCGGGAAUUACGGUGUUCUUUCGCCUGUUUACACGCGUUGCUGUUAUUCGAAAUGCGGGUCUCGAAGAUGUCUUAAUUGCACUGGCUAUGGGGUUUUCUAUCGGCCUCACCGCGACUAUUGGUGCACAAAUCCAAAAUGGAAUGGGCAAGCAUAUCUUCGAGCUAUUAGCCGACGAGAUGAUCGACUCCCAAAAGGCGUUCUGGGCAAGCAUAUGGAUUUACUACCUCGCGCUCGCCUUCACAAAGCUCUCCAUCUUAGUGCAAUACCUCCGCAUAUUCCCUACCCGACGCUUCCGUAUCGUAUGCUCCGUUGUGAUCGGCCUUGUGGCGCUGUACGGUGUCUGGGGAUUGUUUGGAAGUAUCUUUCUUUGCGUCCCCGUUCACUCCUUCUGGGAUAAGAGCGUCGGCGGAAAAUGCAUGGAUCAAUUCGCUGUAUGGUUCUCCAAUGCAGCGAUGAACAUUGCGCAAGACUUCGUCAUACUGCUGCUCCCUAUGCCUGUCCUGCGCCGAUUAUCGAUUCCAACGAGGCAGAAGAAAGCACUCAUGAUUGUCUUCGCUCUGGGAGGAAUCGUCUGCAUCGUCUCCGUCGUCCGCCUCCACUCCCUCUUCUCCAUCUCCAACUCCCGCGACCCAACCUUCGACAACCCCCCGGCAGCCACCCUCUCCUCCGUUGAAACCAACAUUGGCAUCAUCACCGCCUGUCUCCCCUCCAUGCGCCCACUCCUCUCCGCAAUGAUGCCCAACUAUUUCCCUCGCAGCACCCCCUCGUAUUACGCCAACGGCCGCUCCGAAGUCGACGAAGAACAACCGAAGCGACAGCACCAUCCCCACACGCGCAACCUCUCCGCAGCAUCCACCCUGCGUCCCGCAACAGGAACCACCCUCCGUCCCACCACCGCCUCAACCGGAAAAGCGUGGCAAAAAGGCCAUUCCCGCUCCACCAGCGACACCACGCACUACACCUCCACGACCGAACUCUCCUCCCUCUCCUCCUCCACCAAACCCUCUUCCUACCGCCCGACACUGCCCCCCAACCACCACGAAAAAGCCGCCGUCUUCGGCACCGGCCCUCUCAUCCACGGCCCCGCGCGCCAAGUCCACAUCCGCUCGGCCUCACGCACGCCGUCCAUACAGCUGGCGGGUGGUGCGCCGAGGUUGCCUAGGUUGCCGGAGAAUGUGGCUGUGAUUGGGGACUUGAGCUUCUAUCCUGCGCCGUUGUUUAGUGGUGGGAGUGGGAGCGGGCAUCGACGCAGUGCUUCGAGUCCGUUGGCAUCGUCGGUGUAUAGUAAUAGUAGGCCGAGGAUGGGAUCGAGGACGAGGCCGACGACGCCCCUGGUAGGGGUGGUGCAGAAGCCAUUGCCGAUUACGCCGUUUCCGGUUGCGACGGACGCGACGUAGCGGGCGGCUUCCUGAUGAAGGGAGGCAAGGCAAUGUGUGCGCGUCACUGUUCAACAAUUUUCUCAGCCCUCCUCCAUCGACAGAUAGAACACCUUGGGCGCAGUUCGACUAUGGAUGGGACCUGUAUAGGGGCUCUCAGGUGGCACUUAGUGACUUAGCAUUGAAGCGACUCUCGUCUGCAAAGAAGAGA